AUGGUCACUUUCGAACAGCUAGUUCGAUUCUCCGUCGGUGAUCACAUGCAUUACGGUGAGCUGAUCAACACCGACGGCAACAGUACGAAGUGCAGCAGCUUGAUGGUACUCCCUUCGACAAGUUGCUUUCAACAGAUAGAAUCUAUACUGUGCCUGACAUAUGUUGAGCUGGCUUUGAAAAUACGCCCACUCAAAUCUCUCAAUCAACAAACAUCAGCUUUCAUCGCCCACCCCAAGUACUCCCAUGAUUAUCUGCACGCGAAGGAGGUCAGUUUGAAUGUCCCGACCUACCCUCCAGUCUUCACCGAACCCACGUACGCCCUCGCUGGCAAGGAUACAAAGAAUGUCUCAACAGGGAACGCUCUGGAUUUUGUUAUCAAAUACACCCCGCGGGAUGAUCUCUCGGAGCGCAACUUUCAGCUCGCCGAGGCGUCUGGCAAUUUUGCUACGCCAAGUCGUUCGACCAGCUCGCUCCCAUCGGACAUGUUCUCAUCAGCUCCCAGGAGGUGCAAGGCCCGCAGCAGAUGA